UCGGAAGGGUGGAGUCUGGGUAGAAAGUCUGAGUGAAGUCUUAAACUCUGCACUUCUCUGACAGCGCCCAGCUCUCCGCUACCUGCUCUCUCUCUCUCUCUCUCACUCAGCUGCUCGUGUUGAACUACAACAGCCAUGCCGUCAGAACUAGAAAAGGCCAUGGAGUCUCUCAUCAUGGUUUUCCACCGAUAUGCUGCCAGAGAGGGAAACAGCAACACUCUCAGCCGCAGAGAGCUCAGAGAACUGAUGGAAAACGAACUCUCCAACUUCCUCAAGUCUCAGAAGGACCCUUUCACAGUGGACAAGAUCAUGAAGGACCUGGACACAAACCGAGAUGGAGAAGUGAGCUUUGAGGAGUUUGUGUCUUUAGUGGUGGGGCUGUCCAUCGCCUGCGAGCAGUGUUAUCAGUUGCACUUGAAGAAGAUGGCAGCCCGAAAAUGAGGAGCGCAACAAGAAUUUUUUUUUUUUUAUUGUAAAAGUUGACAUGAUAAUCAUGUUGUCUUUUAAAAAUACAGAUUGUACCAAUUCCUUUGAAACUGGAAAUAAGCGUUGUAUGUGUUGUUUGUAUGAAUAAAAGAAAGCAAAAUCAAGAAAAAGGGUGAAUGAUAUGUUCACAGA